UAAGCUCUCAGUCUGAGGUUGGCUACUGAGCGUUGCUGGUGAUUAUUUAAGUGGCGCUCAGACAAAAGCAGGAGAAGGUCCAACUGACAAGCAAAAUGGCUUCCUGGAGUUUUGGAAGCCAGUUGUUCCUGGUUGCUCUAUUUAGCUGGAGUGUCCACGCUCUUCCUGCUCAAAUUGGCUGGCGACAGUCUGACAGUGAGGAUACGAGGGUGAAUCCUGGACCUCGAAAUGCUAAGGCGAAAAGCUCCUUUCCGAUGUCUAAAGUGGCUAACUCUAGUGUCGUAUGGGUGAUUGCUAGACCCAAAGGUUUAGAUGUGUGGCCUUCCAAGCAGUUUCGGCCUGCAGUCUCUCAGGUGGCCAACCCUCCAAAACUGCGUCCUGCUCUGGCUCAGAAUCCAGAAGGGCCUGCUGUCUUGUGGCCGGUUGAAACUCAAAGAGAGCUUCCUGCUCCUGAAAGUCCCGUGGUCUCCUGGGCUGUUGAUUCUCUGAAAGAACCUUCACCCCCUCAGAGCUCUGGAGGUCCUGUUGAAUCUCUUCUUCCUGAAAACCCUGAUGUUCAUGCAGGCUUGCCAACGGUUGACUUUCUGGAAUCUCUUCUUCCUGAAAACCCUGAUGUUCAUGCAGGCUUGCCAAUGGUUGACUUUCUGGAAGCUCUUCCUCUUGAAAACCCUGAUGUUCCAGCAGGCUUGCCAGUGGCUGACUUUCUGGAAUCUCUUCUACCUCCUGAAAGCACUGACUCUCCAGCAUCCUUACCCACAGUUGAUGCUCUGGAAAAUCUUCUACCACCACCUUCAAUUCCAAACGGUCCAGCUUCAUCCUGGUUGGUUGACCCUGCAAUGAAACUCCCUUUUCCUUCCAGUCCAGAAAUGCCUUCUGUCCCCUGGAAAGUUGGCCGUCCUAAAAAGUUUCCCCCUCCUCCUCCCGCUCCAGAAGCGUCUGCAGACAAAUGGUUGGCCCAGGUGACGAAAAAGGUUCCAUCUCCCCCGAAGAAGCAAGACUCUGGUCCAUGGGUAAAUGCACCAAAAAGGGAACCGCUAGGUCACCCACCAAAGAGGGGGGCUGCUGAUGUCACCUGGGUGGUUCAGCCUCCAAAAAGGACUCUGCUUCACCCGAGUCCACAAAGUCCUGGCGCUUCUUGGGGAAUUCACUCAGAAGCUCUAAAUCCGCUCAAGUCUGAUCCCAGACUUCCACCUGCUGAGCCAGAGCAACCUUACCCCUCAAUAGGAAGCCUGGAGCAAGGCAUCUCAAAGGGAGAAGUCGAGCCUCUACCCUUUGCUUAUCCAGCAUUCCCUUACCGUGGGGGAGAGUUGAGCAAAUCUGCCGCCCUUUACGAGCACGGCAGCUCCGCACACGAAACUGAAGAUUACGGCUUUUUUCCAAAGUACCCUUAUGGAGGACUACCAAUGGGCGCUAGGCUGCCGGCACCACUGCCAUACCUGAAGCGGGUCCCUCCAAACCUGUUUUACUUGUUCAUGACUGGGCAGCUGCCCCAUGGUACCGUGUCGCACAUGCAGACUGACUAUGAGGCUGGUGGAGACCGCGCAUCUCAAGUUGGCUACGAGCGAUUUCUCCCUCCCCAAGGUCCUGGAAUCCCCCAUAAAACCAAGGUUUCCAUAAAACAGUUGUAGACUCUUAGCGAAGCUGUCAAGUCCUGAGAUGUCAGGUGAUGGAGGGUGAAGGCGGCUACCGUUCCUGCAGUUUGCCCUGCUGUUGCCAUUAAGUUGUUUAAAAAAAAAAGUGAAUAAAAAGAGAAAUCAAA